AUGUCCAAAGAACAAAACUUAUCUCCUCCACCAUCCCCACCGGUCAAUAACUCGAAUUCACUUGGUAAUACCGUAAGUUCGUUACCGCAACUUCCCGAUGAUUUCUUAUCAUUUCAGCCGCAACCAUCUACUCAUAAUUCUAUGGACAUUGAUGAUAAUGUACAAACAAAUAAUUCACUAAAUGAUAGAAAAUGGGAACAGCAACAAGGAUCAUAUCGAAGAGGUGGAAAUUAUUAUAACAAAGGAAGAGAAUAUUAUAAUCAUAAUGAUAAUAGAUCUUAUCGUGGUCAAAAAAGAGGAAUGUACAAUAAUGGCGGUUAUCAACAAAGAGAUAAAGGUGGUGGUCGCGGUGGUCGCGGUGGUCGCAACGGUAGUUACGGAACACCCUCAAGCAGUAAAGGUGGUCAACAAAAAAGCUGGAAUAAUUAUUCAUCACCGAAGAAACCCAAAUUAAAUGAAAAGAAUAUUAAUGAUAUUGAUAUAAGUAGAUAUUAUAAGAAAUCUUUUCUAGAAGAUCCGUGGGCUAAUCUCAUGAAAAAAUAA